AUUCUCGUCAAAAUCCCAUCGGUUUCAUCAUUUUCUUCCUCAAGUUCCGUUUUCAGUUUUCGAUCUGAAAUCUUCAGUUUGAUCGGAAAUGGGGAAAGGCGGAGCCAUCUCCGAGAGUGUCCUGAAGAAAGUUCUCCUUUCUUAUGCCUACGUCGCGAUAUGGAUCUUCCUCAGCUUCUCCGUCAUCGUCUACAACAAGUACAUUCUAGAUCAGAAGAUGUACAAUUGGCCCUUUCCGAUCUCUCUCACCAUGAUCCAUAUGGCCUUCUGUUCCUCGAUCGCUUACCUUCUCGUUAGCGUCUUCAAAGUUGUGGAGCCAGUCUCCAUGUCCCGUGAGCUCUACUUCAAAUCUGUGGUUCCGAUCGGAGCUCUGUAUUCGCUUUCCCUCUGGUUUUCUAAUUCCGCGUAUAUCUAUCUAUCGGUUUCUUUUAUACAGAUGCUUAAGGCUUUGAUGCCCGUCGCUGUGUACUCGAUCGGAGUUUCGCUUAAGAAGGAGAAGUUUAAGUCUGAUACUAUGGCUAAUAUGGUUUCGAUCUCGCUUGGUGUUGCAGUCGCUGCGUAUGGAGAAGCGAAAUUCAAUUCAAAGGGUGUGACUUUGCAGCUUUUGGCGGUCGCGUUCGAGGCGACACGAUUGGUCAUGAUUCAGAUUUUGUUGAAUUCCAAGGGUAUUUCGUUGAAUCCCAUCACGUCGCUUUACUAUGUGGCUCCCUGUUGCUUGGUUUUCUUAUCUGUACCAUGGUUAAUAAUGGAAUACCCUUUGUUGAGGGAUAAUUCGAGCUUCCAUUUGGAUUUCGUGAUUUUUGGUACCAAUUCAUUCUGUGCUUUUGCUUUGAAUCUUGCGGUGUUUUUACUGGUGGGCAAGACAUCUGCUUUGACAAUGAAUGUUGCUGGGGUAGUGAAGGAUUGGCUAUUGAUUGCAUUCUCCUGGUCUGUGAUUAAGGAUACGGUCACGCCCAUUAAUUUGUUCGGUUAUGGGCUUGCCUUUUUAGGAGUUGCGUAUUACAACCAUUCUAAGUUGCAGGCACUCAAAGCCGCAGAGGGCCAGAAAAAGGCUCAGCAGGCAGACGAGGAAGCUGGUAGGUUGUUGGAGGAGAGAGAAGAAGGGAAUGAUAGGAAGAAUGAUAGUCAAAAUUAGGCUACUGAAAUGCAUGAGCUUGUACGAGGAGACAUGCAGAAGAGAACAGAUUGAUGAUGUUUAACAGUAGCUGCAAGAAUCGAAUUCAUAUCUCGGCAAAGUUUUGGAGUUUUGAGUUAGGUAUGCGUUCUUAGAUAUAUUAUUUUUUUGGGUUCAUCUAUUUAUUGUGGGGUUUAUGGGGUUGAUUUUAGUUGCCUAAUGUUGUAGUACAGAAUCUAUUUCUAUGACUGGAGAAUGAACUGUUGUGGAUCUAUAUGGGACUGAGCUUCUAGGAGGAAGCUGUCCAGAGUGUUUAACUAAUAUGUACUAUUAUUCACGA